AUGGAAUAUAGAAGCGGAUCCAGUCACUUGGAAAAACAAAUUGAAAGCUUGCUGUAUAAAUGGCGUGAGGGAGAAAUUAAAACAAGCCUGUUUCCAUUGCCUUCAUUAAAGACAAUCCAUAUUUUGCCCAUUCAAAAUUAUUAUUAUGAAGGUAUGGGAAUAAAAAUGUACUUUUCAUCUAACGACCUGAAUGUGACUGGCGUCGAUGGCUUUUCUCUUGAAAACUUACAGGUACAGCAAAGUGACCGAAACUUGAAAAUUAGUAUUGGAAUCCAAAUUCCAAAAGUGAGAGUUUAUACAGAUCAAUACUCAUUGAAGGGCAGAGCAUACCGCAUAUACCCAAUAAAUGGCCAGGGAUAUAUGACAAUAACCUUAUUCAACGUCUCUGCUUCAUUACAAUUAGCAUUUGGGUCUGCUGAUGGCGAUCUUGGAGUUGCUUUAGAAGAUUUUAUUUUCGACUAUGAUAUAGGGAGUAUUCAGAGUAACUUAGAGAAGAGUUCGUGGCCUGUCAAUGAGGUUCUUAACAGUAAAGGUGUGACCUUUUUAAAAGAUUCUCGCGAAAGUAUUUCAUCGUAUUUAUCAAAUUAUGUAAAAUCGUAUAUAAAUAGUUACCUAAAGGAGCUAACUCUCAUACAAUUUGUAAAGAAAAUUGAAGAAAUUACGUCUUUUAUGAUAUAGUGUGGAAACUGAUUAAAUAAAAUAUAAGAUUAUGGCUGUAAAAUUGAUGUACCUAGCUUCUGUAAUUUUUUUUAACUUAAAUAUCAAUGUAUGUAUUAUAAACAAAAUCUCGCAUCACAUGUUAGUUGCCAUACGCAGCCGAAACGGCUUGGUCGAUUUAUAUCAAAAUUUAUAUGUAUAUUUGUUAGGACGUAAUCUAUUUUUUAUACUUACCCUAAUUUUAUAUGUUGUAAAUAGUACGUUUGGCGUAAGCUAGCAUAAGAUGUAAAUAUGACAUUUGCGACUUUUAACAACCGAUUGAUAUGAAUAAUUGAAUUUUAGUUGUAACUAGCGGCCCGCUCCGGCUUCGCACGGGUAUAGAAUAUAUGCCCAUUCCCUGAAAAAUUUAUUAAAAUCGAUCCAGUAGUAUUGAUUUAUUCAUUUUAAAUCUGUAAUAUCUUCAAAAAUCAUAUGCUGUAAAGGGCCAUAUAGCUCUUUAUUAAAUCAACAAUAUAAUUAAGGUAUUUAAUUAGAUAAGGAUUAAUGCUGUAUUGGUUAAAAUCGCUUCGAAAAUUAGCCAUUAAUUGUCGUAAAAAGUAAAUGACAAAAAAAUGUUAUUGUGGGAUAUCCUUAAGAGAUACACAUAUACCAUAGCGGAGUUUUCUGUAGACCUUUUCAAUGUGUACAAUACUUAGUACAUUAUUUUGAUAAAUCUUGUAAGUUUCAGCCUGAGUUUGCAAUGUAAGUGAAAAAAAAUGUAAUUAUUUACGACAUCACAUUGGAAACCACAAAAAUAACAGUAUUUCUCCGCUAUUUAAUGGAUGUUAUACAUAUAAACCUUCCUCUUCAAUCACUCUAUCUAUUUAAAAAAACUGCAUCAAAAUCCGUUGCGUAGUUAUAAAGAUUUAUGCAUACAUAGGGAUAUAGGGACAGAGAAAGCGACUUUGUUUUAUACUACUUAUGUAUCUUUACACAGCGUUUAUAUAAAAUGUAAUUUUAUAAGAAUGUUAUGUAUGACUGAAUUUGUUUGUAAUUUAUAUGGUAUGCUUGAAAUAAAGUUGUGUCGUUAA